CCCUCCAUCCCUCCGCGCGACUGUCCCGGCGCCGCCGCCGCCGCCGCCAUGACCUGGAGCGCCACGGCCCGGGGCGCCCAGCAGCCGGACAACACCGCGUUCACGCAGCAGCGCCUCCCCGCCUGGCAGCCGCUGCUGUCGGCCAGCAUCGCGCUGCCGCUCUUCUUCUGCGCGGGCCUGGCCUUCAUCGGCCUGGGCCUGGGCCUCUACUACACCUCCAACAGCAUCAAGGAGCUCGAGUACGACUACACCGGCAGCCUGGACACCGGCAACUGCUCGGCGUGCGCCGAGGCCGACCAGGACGGCGCGCCGCCGCCCAACUGCUCGUGCGCCUUGAACUUCUCGCUGCCCGAGUUCUUCCAGGGCCCCGUGUACUUCUACUACGAGCUGAGCAACUUCUACCAGAACAACCGGCGCUACAGCGUGUCCUGCGACAACGCGCAGCUCAGCGGGUUCCCCAGCGCGCUGCGCCAGCCGGUGAACGACUGCGCCCCCUACCAGUACGGCGCGGCCGGCCUGCCCAUCGCGCCCUGCGGCGCCAUCGCCAACAGCCUCUUCAACGACUCCUUCUCGCUGUGGCACGAGCUCCCGCCCAGCGGGCCCUACGUCGAGGUGCCGCUCGACCGCACCGGCAUCGCCUGGUGGACCGACAACCACGUCAAGUUCCGCAACCCGCCGCUGGUGAACGGCAGCCUGGCGCUGGCCUUCAGCGGCACGGCCGCCCCGCCCAGCUGGCCCCGGCCGGUCUACGAGCUCAGCCCCGACCCCAACAACACGGGCUUCGUCAACCAGGACUUCGUGGUGUGGAUGCGCACGGCGGCGCUGCCCACCUUCCGCAAGCUGUACGCGCGCAUCCGCCAGGGCAACUACUCGGCCGGCCUGCCGCGGGGCAACUACAGCGUGCACGUCACCUACAACUACCCGGUGCGCGCCUUCCACGGCCGCAAGCUCGUCGUCUUCAGCAGCAUCUCGUGGAUGGGCGGCAAGAACCCCUUCCUGGGGAUCGCCUACCUGGUCGUCGGCUCCCUCUGCAUCCUCACGGGCUUUGUCAUGCUGGUGGUCUACAUUCGCUACCAGGACCAGGACGACGAGGACGACAGUGACGACUGAUUCGGCUUUCAAAGGACCUUUCCUGCGUCUUGCCAGAAGGAUUGCGAGAUUCUUUUGGCGUGUCCCCCUCUCCCCGAUCCCAGCCUUGCCUCACUUUCCCUCCUGUUGUGGAUGAGGGGCCCAGAUAAAGGAAUGACCCAUUGCUGGGGUGUUUGGACUGCAGAGUGAGACCUCCUUGCAAGUUCUCCCCAUGUCCUUCACGACUUACAGAGCUGACGUAUUAGCUUCUCAAAGUCUGUCACAUUUGAGAGUGGAUGGGACAACAGAGACUCCUAUUCAGCCCCUAUCAGACUAAGAGACUGAGAGACCUAGCAAUGUUAAGGAACUCAUUCAAGAUCAGGCAGCUAGCUAUUGCUUCCCUGCUCUGAGUCUAGGGUUUUCGGCACUAUUGAACAGUGGUUUUCUGUUCUUGAGGGGCUGGGAUAGAGAGUGAGGCCCACACAUAACCGGUAGAGAGAGGCAUGGAGGAGAACAAACUUGUUAAAAAUGUGAGUAGACUAGGAGGCACCAACCACUGAGAUUCUGACACACUAAGGCUGGGGUGAGACCCUCGAAGCUAUGUUUUAGCGAGCUCUUCUGGAGAUUCCUGUAUUCCCUCAAAUUUGGGAAGCACUACUCUGAACCAGGUUGGGCCUGAAACAGUCCUCCGAGGCGUUUUCCAGGUAUUAAUUUGUUCCCGGGGCAGUGACAAUCUCAAUGUUGCAGGUUUGGUCUAGCAUCUUCCCUGGAAUGUAGGAUGCUCUAGAUGAUAUGUGGAAUGAAUGAAAAAAUAAAAAUGCUAUCUCCAGAAAA